UCGAGCGAGGAUUGGUGCUUCGGGAGGUGCGUGCGACGUGCGGCGUGCGUGCGCGGGUCGUAACGUGUUCUCGGGAGCGUGGGACGUGCGCGCACCCGUGACGCGUCCCCACGUGAGGAGGGCGAGUCGGUGAACCGGGACGCAGGAUGCGGCCGACGGGUGCGACCAACCUCGAGUCCCGGUGAGGUUAGAAAGAAGCCGGGGGCGCCGAUUGAACGGAACAACGUGCCUCGACGGACCGGAGAGGGAGAGAGACGCCGCCAGGCCCCGAGCCAAGGGAGGGAGAGAGACAGCGCUACGCGUCUUACCUGGCCCAGGAGAAUAGUGCCCGAGAGAGAUGGACCUCUGAGCCGACCUCGGGGAGGAAGAGGAGGCACCCGGGAGAGGCCGGAGGGCCCGGCGGACGCGAUGCCCGCCGACCUAGGGCCCGGCACGAUGAUCGGCAAGCCGGACGACGGAGACGGGCCCAGAUAGCGCGGACGGUCCCCGGCCCGGUCCCGCGAUGGAGCCGCCAGGAUGGGCCCACCUCGCCCUGGCCCUCCUCUGCUGGCUCGCCCCCCUCGCCGCUGCGUCGCCCCUUCUGCCGCCGCCCCCCAGGCACGCCGGGAUCACGCAGGACACCUACAUUCGACAUUACGGCGCUGCCUGGUACGAGACGACGACGCUGCGACGCCACUGCGAGAGGGUGCGUCGCGACGCCUCGGAUGCUGCCAAGGACCAGCCGCUUAUCUUUCGCCUGAGGGCGCUCGACAGGGUCUGGACCAUGAGGCUGGUCAGGGACGGCAACCUCUUCUCCAAGGACGCCGUCUUCGAGGGCAGCAACGGGAACAUCCCCUUCGACACUUCUCGCUCGUACACCGGCACCGUUCUUGAGGACGAGAACGCCCUGGUGCAGGGCGUCGUCACCGAGGACGGGCUCUUCGACGGCACCGUGGUCACCAAUCUCGAGGAGUACUACAUCGAGCCGACCAGCAGGUACUUGUCGGAGAACGAGGACACGUCGCCGUUUUAUCACACGAUCGCCUAUCGGGGGUCGGACGUCACCUCGCCCCCUCAGUCCCUCAGGUGCGCGAGCCAAGAUCUGCACAGAGGUACUCUGGCCAGCUCCCUGAAAAGCACGAAGAAAUUCAACAUCGACAACGACACCUCUCAGCCCUUCUACGAGCACCUGCUGGACAACGAGGUGCACCUGCACGGGGGCCUCUACUCCAACGAGGCGGUGACCAGGGCGAGCACCUCGAAAAACCUCGACGUGGACCACCUGGGCAGGCUGUACAGGGAGCGAUUCGCGAGGCACCUGCACAAGCGGGCCACGGUGGACCCGAGGAAGACCACCUGUAUGUUGUACCUGCAGGCCGACCACCAAUUUUUCGCCAGGUACGGAACGGAGGAGGCCUGCAUCGAGGUCAUGACGAGGCACGUGCAGAGGGUCAACUCGAUUUACAAGCACACGGACUUUAAUCAAGACGGCAGGCCAGACAAUAUCAGCUUCAUGAUCAAGCGAGUGAAGGUGCACAGCGGGGAUGCUGUGCGGGACCCAAACUAUCGAUUUCCCGGGAAUUACGGGGUGGAGAAGUACCUCGAGCUGUUUUCCGAGGAGGACUACGACGCAUUCUGCCUGGCUUACAUGUUCACGUAUCGUGACUUCGAGAUGGGAACCCUCGGCUUGGCCUGGACGGGCGACCUGAAGAACGCCGGAGGCGUUUGCGAGAAAAACGGGCACUAUCGCGGCAGCAUGAAGUCCCUGAACACGGGGAUUGUUACCCUGCUGAACUACGGGAAGCACGUGCCCCCAGCCGUGUCGCACGUCACCCUGGCCCACGAGAUCGGACACAAUUUCGGCUCCCCGCACGACCCCGAACAAUGCACCCCGGGAGGGGAGGACGGCAACUUCAUAAUGUUCGCCCGUGCGACCAGCGGCGACAAGCGCAACAAUAAUCGCUUCAGCCCUUGCAGCCUGAACGCCAUUAAUCCCGUGCUCAAUACCAAAGCUCGCUCCCCGAAGGGUUGUUUCACGGAACCGCAGGCUUCCCUGUGCGGAAACGGCGUCGUCGAGGACGGGGAGGAGUGCGACUGCGGCUGGGAGGAGGACUGCAGGGACUCCUGUUGCUUUCCUCAGCGUCGGUAUCCACCUGCCGAGGAGACCCCCUGCACCCUGACACCUGGGUCCGUGUGCAGUCCGAGCCAGGGCCCCUGCUGCACCAACGAGUGCAAGCUGCGGUUCGGCGACAAGUGCAGAGACGACAACGGUUGCAGGGACGCGAGUUUCUGCGACGGCCGAGCCCCCCACUGUCCGCCCUCGAUCAACAAGCCCAACAAGACGAUCUGCAAUCAGGAACUGGUCUGCUUCAUGGGAGAAUGCACGGGAAGCAUCUGCCUGGCGUACGGCCUGGAGUCCUGUCAGUGCAUCCCUGGACCGCACGACCCCUCGACGAAGGCCUGCGAGCUCUGCUGCCGCCUCCCGGGGGAGAACCAACCGUGCCUGUCUUCGUUCGACUGGAAUUCCCCGCCUUAUGACAUCCCCGACAUGUUCGCCAAGCCUGGGACCCCCUGCAACGACUACAACGGGUACUGCGACGUCUUCCAAAAGUGCAGAGAAGUGGAUCCCAGUGGACCUUUGGCUACCUUGAGGAAGCUCCUACUUUCCGACGAGAGUCUCGCCACGUUUAGAAGAUGGGUCGCCGAACAUUGGUACGCGGUCGGCCUGAUAGUACUCGCCGCGAUAUCAGUUCUGGUGGCCAGCACGCGGUUCCUGGGCAAGCGUCCGGAUCAGAAGCUGAAGUCGGUCACGAUAAUCCACAGCUCCACGACGGAAACGGUGCGCCUCCCCCCAGAAGGGGCGGAGGGGGUGACGGUGCACCCCCCGGUGGUGAGGGCGAAGCUGCCCCUCAGUCGCAAGGUGCGGGAAAAGAGGCGUCGCCGAACCCAUAAAGACGAUGCCAAUGGUGCAGCGAACGACAAGUCUACCAAGGUCCCGAAGAAGAAGAGGGUGGCCCCGACCCCAUCGGAGGAGCCGACCAGGAAGAAACUGUCCGAGGCGCUGUCCAUGCCCAAUAAGAGGAAGACCAAGGAGAGGCAGGCCCCCGAGACCGCGGUGAACCCGAAGAAGAAGCGGAAGAGGAAGGAGGUGAUCGAUUACUCCGCCACGCAGACGGAGACCGAGCCAGGUGGAGGGGACAACGCGGACCCGAAGAGCAAGGUGCGCUCCUGGCUGUUGGCGUCGCAGACGAGGCUGGACCCACCCACUUCAGGGUCGGCGUUGCCGAAGAGCAAGUCGACGCCGGUGGGCCUGACGGCGGCGGGGACGCCUUCGGGGAGAACCGGGAACAACGUGGCGCAAGGACGCGUGGGGAACGGCGUCCAGGGUGCCGGGAGGAUCAGACAGGCCGCCCUGAAGAGGCUGACGGACCAGAAGAGCAGGUCCGCCCCUCUGGCCAAGAGCGACAAGAACGACCGGGUCCGCCUGCAGGUGGUCUACAAGCCGCCCUUCAAGUUCAGCGUGAGGCUGAGGAAGACCGACAAGGUGGGCCAGGCUCCGGGAGGCCACGGACCCGCGCGCAACCCUGGCCCUAGGACCGGCGUCCUCGUCAGGACCUCGAAGAAGGACCGCGUCGGCCUCGGACACACCUGCCGGCAAAAGACGCCCUCCAGGACCAACGACGUCCGCGUCCCCGAGCCGGCCAACUCCGACCUGCACACCGUGCCCUCCGACCUGGAGGUCCUCCUCUCCGAGAGCGAGUUCCUCUUCUCGGACGCGUGACCUCGGCGAGCCCGCUCGCUCCUGGCGAGUCUUACCCGAUGACGUUGACCCAGGUCGAGCUCCUGCCGCAUGUAAAUAAUUUAGAUAGGCAUCGACUGAGUGCGGGGGUGGGAGGCUCCCCAGCCGGAGCCUCGCUCCCCUCCUCUUCUUCUUCUUCGUCUUCUCGCGACCCCGAAGAGAGUUCCCGAGGCGGUCCGGUCGAUGCACCGUGCUUCUCUCCGGGGUCUCCCCGAUCUGCGAUCCUGCAGGUCGGUGAUCGAAGGAUUGCUCGCUCGGAAAUCGCACGAUACGUCCUUUAAAAUCUGUUUUAAAAUCGCAAUUUCCUGAGUAAUUGGGCUAAAUAGUCCCAUGAGACUUUUGGUCCUAGAACGCAGAAUUUCGCGAGCGAGCAACCCCUCGUCGAGGAUAGUCGUAAGAACCGCUGUGAUUCGCCUUUCUAUGUUCCUCCGAUUAUCGUAAUUGGGGAGUCCUGUCCAUUUCUUCCUCCAUGGACGCGAUUUCGCGUCGAGUACGGAGACUUCGCUGUCUUCGGAAAUGUCGCUGCCUCUUCUUCGUGCCGACUUGCCUCCGUCGGGCGCUCAUCAUCCUCGGGGUUUUUUUAUUUUAACAUUCCGAAGCAUUGUUUUAAUUUGUCGAAUACUCUCGGGGCCAACGUCGGGAUUUCAACAUUGUGAUACGUGCCAAUAUAUACGAAUUACCGACGAAUAUGUCGCACUGCCCGAUGCGGACUGCGAGAUGUCACUUCCCGUUGGGAAGAAAAAAAAAAAAAAACAGACAAAUGUUAAAUUUUAUAAAACGCCACUUUGCAUUCCUGGAGUCUGCAAAGUGGUUCCAGGAAGAGACGGCCUUCGCACUCCGAGAAAAUAUUCCGCGUAGGAGCACGCCAAUUCGCGAUGAUUACGCCCGAAUUGGCGUUUAUCUCCUUCUUUUCCACUUUUUGUUCUCGACUAAGGCCUACGUCCGUUAACACGUCCGACUGAGGGUUCCCGGAAAUCGUCGCGUCUUCUCGCGAAGACCUGAUCGAGUCCUCGGUCUCAAGUCGAGGGCAUUCAAAUCGUCCGCAAUUGCAGUAUAAUUUUUCCCAAUCAGCCUCCUGAAUUAUGCAUCCAUAUGCAAAUCCACCGCGGUGGACAUCUCGAAAAUUGCACUGAGGUCUAAAGUUCCUAACGUCGGCUUUCGUUGCUUCAAAGAAAUGGAGAUGAGCCAUCCUCGGCUCGAAAUCGAGGACCCGAGUGAUUUCCGUGGACCGGGAGCUUGAGAAUUGAUCCGUACUUAAAUCGAACCUUGAAUCGGUACUUAAAUCUACUUAGAUCCAAAAGGAUGGCCCAACGAUACGUUGGAUUUCUUAAGAACCCUUUUCGCGAUCGGAAGACAAAAUGGCCGCCCGCGGUCAGGCUUAAAAACCGAUGGUUUACAAUUCCUGCGUGUAAAUAUUCACUCGCAAGGGGUGUGUUAAAUAGUGGCGCCGUUACUUACAGAUCUACUAUACAGCGAUGUACUUAUUUUUUUUAUGGACUUGUACAGAAGCGGAACGAGCGCUCCUUCGCUCCAGUUAAAGCAUCCUCCAUUUCGCCGGGACGGAAGGAGAGUAAAAGUAUGGAGGCCCGUCGUAACUAAUUAACAAAAAAUAAGUACUUUUAGCGGCUCUUAGUACUCUUCGGGAAGAAGCUUCCCUCGUUAGCCGGGACUCCUUUCUCGCGUUCUCGGGAAUUCCACCGCCCUUGUUUCCCUAAAUAGCUAAUUCUUGCGUUACUCCUAAAAGACUCGAACUCUUUGCCGAUCCCUUUGGUUAAUCCAAUUUUCGUCGCGUUUGUAUCGUCCGGAGGUACUCAAGGAUUUUCGUACAUGCACCAUGCUCCACGGAAACCUAAUUAACGUGUUAGUAAUUAUUCGAGACUCGACGCGCGUUUUCCGCUUCGCAUGUAUAUACGUCUUAGCGAAUUGACAUUAUUUCCGACUCGAACGCGGAAGUCGCGUCUCGAGUUUCGCCAUUUUCUUUUUUAUGCGCUCGCCCCGCGCGACAAUUCCUCGAUAAUUAAGUGCAAGACUAAAAACGGCGCCGAAACGCUUACCGGUGUAAAUACGUAUUACGGACACUAGUUGACGCUACUAUUAGAUACCAAGAACAUAAAUGGCCUGAUUCGAGGGUCGACAGGUGUCAAAUAUCGCUCGCGAUCGUUUUUCCCCCAGACAACGAGUGUCCGGUGUCGCCUGAUUUCGUCCCACGUAUUUCCACCCACUUUUUUUAGAAUUUCUCAAACGUGCAUGCAGGUCAUGUCACCGUUCCCAAGCAGUUAAACCGAGCGAACAAUUAAAUACCUUCGCAGGGAAUUAUAAUUAGUUACUAUAAGAAGCGUCCAACAUUCCGUAUUCUCCAUUCGUUGUAAGCGAGAAGUCGCCUCGAAGUCGGUGUUCGUUCUUUUCGUACGUAUCGUUAAACUACUGUAUAACUCGACAGGGAAGGAGAAUCUCCUCGCAGAGCUGUCGUGAGACGGAGCCUAAUAAGAAACUCUAAUUAGAACUAAUUAGCACUCCACAGUCAAUUUAACUCUUAACGUCUAUUUUUACCGUUUAAUUUAUAAGCCACGCGACCGACUCGAAUUCUCGGUCUCAGCGUUCGUCGGACAUCAUUCGAUGUAAACGGGGACUAGGAAUAAUUAACAAAGCCAAAUAUAAAAUUCACCCCAGCGACCAGGAACAAUGGAAAGCCCGAUUCGAUAGCCAUACACCAAAGUACCCGCGGAAAAGUCGCAAAGAUAUUAAAUUCGGCCACCAGGUUUAAUUCCUCCUGAUUUUUUGCGUAUAAAAAGGGCAUUCAUAGGUCAAGUCUGCGCGAGGGUCGGUCUUAUCGGAGCCCUGAUAAGCGCGAUCGGCGAAUACGUACGAAGGGAAUUUGUCUGGGGCGAAAUCGAUCCACACGAGAUGGGGCUGCUGUAUUUUUACACGGACUUUGUAUAAUAUUAACGUAAAGCGAAGACUAUAUCAUUCCUGUACCGUGUAUAUAUACCUGUGUACUAAAAUAAACGUUGCAAAGUACA